CGGGUUAGUGCCUUCAUUCCGAAGCGGAGGCAGAUAGUUGCAGGUUGUCUACCAUCGGUACUCCAGCAUCUGUAGCUCCUUUCUCAAACAGACCAGUCUGUCCUCUCGACAUGAUGCGCUCUCUCAUCCUGCUCUCGCUGGGGCUGCUCUGCGCGGCGAAUCCAAGUCCGCCACAGGUCGUGGUGUACACCUACAAACCCAUGGAAAAAGGUGAGACCAACACCCUCCUCUGCCAUGCUAAAGAAUUCAACCCACCGAACAUCGAGCUGCAACUGUAUGCGGAUGGCAACCCCUUUUCUGACGCAAACCAAACUGAUCUCAGCUUUGAGUCAAACUGGAAAUUCAAAUUGACCACGUUCAUCGAAUUAAUUCCCAGGGAAGAUGUGGAGUAUUCCUGCCACGUGACACACAUGGGUAGAACCAAUAUCUACAAACUGGAAUCCUUCUAAGCCUGCUGCACCACAGGCAUGAACAUGGACAUGAUUUCUGAAUGAUUACACGCAAAGUUGAUCAUGUUUAAAUUUAGUUUUUAAUCAAUUUGUAGUUUCAGGAUAGAGGCAUAAUCACCUGCAAGAUUGGCUUCAGAUCCUUGGAAUUGAAGCUACUGGCCCCUUGCUUUUUCCUUCGCGGUGUGAUCAAUAAUGUAGCUUUUAACCGCUCGCUUGUUUGAAAUGUAGUUUCCCCUCCCAACUUGUUGCGGAGAAUUGGCCUACAAGAAAAAAACAGUCCUUUUCCUCUCUCCAGCAUCCCAUCCCACGACAACCCCCUCUUCCCCCCCCUCCCACUUCACAACCCUGCUUUGGAAUUUGGAUACCAUUUGGCACAUCCUACUUCUUGUCCUGUUUACUCAAUCUCCACAAAGGAGGAUUCGCUGUACUCCCAUCUACACCUUGCAGUCAGAAGCCCAGAUGCGAUGCUUAUUUUUGAGGCAGCAGCUCUACCAGCUGUGCCGUGCAUAAUCUCGUUAUUUUUGUACCUGUAAUAAUCUUACUUUUGUUAAAUAAAAAGUGGAGCUGUUUAAAUGAUCACAGCAAUCAACCUCCAUCAGUGAACCCACAAGUACAUCCCCAGAAGGACAUUGAGCUGAGAACUGUACGUCCAAAGUUAUCUCUUCCUCCCAUGGUCCACUUGCAUGGUGCAUCUGAAAUUACAGUUAUCAGUUACUCCCAACACUUUGUGCCUUUUGUCAACUAGUAUCUAAAAUUCCUUGUUUCCAUCUUAUUUUGUAAUGCUUCUGGCCAGUCCUCCCUCCGCACCCUUUCUCACAGUUAUAUUCCUCCCUGGCUAUUUGCAUGGUUAAGUUCAUAUUCAGCUGUUGAUUUAAAUGAUAGUUUUUAACAGAUUUUCAUUUUAUGAACAUCUAACUUCAUUUUUACUGAUUUUUGAAAUAGAAUUGUUGGAUUUUAGGGGGGUUAUUUUAUCAAUAAUUGACUUGCAGUGUAUAAGGAUACAUGCAUAAUAAAGUGUGAUUAACCUUA